AUGUCCUGGAUCACCCCCAUCCCCACCGCCCGUUGCCAUGGCGCUGAUGAACCCACGAGGACAGUGGUGUCCAACCUGCCCUACGAGGACCAGAGGCCCAGAAACCAGCCCAACCGCCGCUACGCAGGGAACGCUGUCAAGACCAACAAGUACACCCUGUGGUCUUUCCUUCCCAUAAACCUUUGCGAACAGUUCCGCCGUCUGGCCAACAUCUACUUUGUGGGCAUAGCCGCCCUCAACUUCAUCCCGGAGGUGAACGCCUUCCAGCCUCAAGUAGCUCUGAUUCCCAUUUGCGUCAUCCUGACCCUCACCGCCAUCAAGGAUGCCUGGGAAGAUUUCAGACGCUACCAGAGUGACCGGGAGCUCAACGGCACGCCCUGCCUGGUCUACAGCAGGAGCCAGCAUGGAUUUGUGGAGCGGAGAUGGAAGGAUAUCCAGGUGGGGGAUUUUGUGCAAGUGCUGGCCAAUGACAUCAUCCCUGCCGACAUCCUGCUCCUGCACGCGUCCGACCCUAACGGAGUGUGCCACAUGGAGACAGCCAAUCUGGACGGCGAGACCAACCUCAAGCAGAGGAGGGUUGUGUCCAGCUUCUGUGCCGUGAAAUCUCCAUUUGAUCCUCUGAGCUUCAAUGCCACUGUCAUUUGUGAGAAGCCCAACAACAACCUCAACCAUUUUAAAGGAUUUUUGGAGAAAGACCAAAUAAAGAUUGGUUUUGGCAUUGAGAGCCUGCUGUUGCGUGGCUGCACUGUCAGGAACACGGCGGCGGCCUCAGGAAUAGUCGUGUAUGCAGGUCAUGAUACAAAGUCCAUGCUGAACAACAACAGGCCGCGAUACAAACGCAGCAGAGUGGAGAGCAAGAUGAACAAGGAAGUGUUGUGCUGUGUGUUUCUUCUCUUCUGCAUGUGCCUCAUCGGAGCCGUGGGUCAUGUUAUUUGGUUGAAGACUUUCUCCAGUGUCCCAAUCUACUUUAUCCCAGACAGUGAUGGGAAUGAAACUCCUUCCGUGGUGGCAGGAGUCUACAGGUUCCUGACCAUGAUAAUACUACUGCAGGUGAUUAUCCCCAUUUCGCUCUACUUGUCCAUCGAGCUGGUGAAGAUGGGCCAGGUGUUUUUCAUCACCCAGGACAUAGACCUGUACGACAAGGAGAAGGACAUGCGCAUGCAGUGUCGUGCCCUCAACAUCACCGAGGACCUGGGCCAGAUCCAGUACGUCUUCUCGGACAAGACAGGAACAUUGACCGAGAACAAGAUGGUGUUUCGCCGCUGCACGAUAAUGGGCACGGAGUACCCGCACACGGAGAAUGCUGUGCGGCUGGCCAUCCUAGCUGGAGACGCAGACGUGGAGGAGCAUGUACUUUACCAGCAGAACACACGGCCACCACUGUUCUCUCUGGAGGAGGCCCACGACCUGGAAGUGGGGGGCCAUGUGCGCUCCAGCGCCCUGCCCAUGGACAGACACCGCCACAGGGACUCCACAGCAGGAAUCCCCAGUCUCGCCUUCAGCAGCCCCCUGGAAAGGGAGGUCAUCCCAGACCAGAACCUGCUCUGGUCGGUCAAGGAAGUGGAGCGGAGGGGGGUGGCUGGCCACUGGGGUCUCCAGGGUGCCACCCACCUGGAGUUCUUCCUGGCCUUGGCCAUCUGCAACACGGUGGUGGUUUCAACGGAAACAGCCCAGAGACAGAGGGUCAGAGGACCUCAUAACUCCUCGCGCUCCAGGGGUCUGCUCCCGGAGUGUAUGGAGGGCCUUUUUGCUCAGUUCCCUUGUCUACGGCAACUCAGUUCCUGCUUAAAGAGUGUCAGCUGCAGGAGGCACUCCCUCUCCGAGGAUCCAGUCCAGAGCACCCUCUAUGACAUUCCCACGUCCUCCAGCUCUGUGGUCAGCGAAGAUGAGGUCCAGGGUACUCCCUGCAAGGGCCACACUAGAAGGAGGCAGACAUGGACAGCAAGUAGUUUGGCAGGGCCGAAGGAAGUGCACUACGAGGCCCAGAGCCCAGACGAGGCGGCUCUGGUGCAUGCAGCCAAAGCUUACGGCUUCACCCUGCUGGAACGCACCCCCUCCCACGUGAGUGUCCGCCUGCCCAGCGGCACCACGCUGACCUACGAGGUGCUGGAUGUCUUGACCUUUGACUCGGUGCGCAGCAGGAUGUCCAUAAUUGUGCGUCAUCCUCACACCAAAGAGAUUAUCCUGUACACCAAGGGCGCUGACUCAGGCAUCAUGGAGAGACUGCAGAACUCCUUUGAAGACAGAUCACAGAUGAAGAGUGAGAGCAGAGUGAUUGCUAAUAAGACCCAGAAGCACCUCGACAUGUACGCUAACGAUGGCUUACGGACCUUGUGUUUUACUAGAAAGGUUGUGAGUGAGAAGAACUAUUACGACUGGUUAGUGUUGAGACAGGGAGCCAUGGCAGCAAUAGACAGGAAGGACGAGCUGGUGAGGAAGACGGCAGCAGACAUGGAGACUAACCUAACGUUGCUCGGGGCCACUGGUAUAGAGGACCGCCUUCAAGAGAAUGUUCCAGAAACUAUCCAGGCCCUGAGGGAAGCAGGCAUCCAAGUGUGUGUGCUGACCGGAGACAAACUAGAGACAGCUGUCAACAUUGCCUACUCCUGCAAACUUCUGGACCAGCAAGACCUGGUGUUUACCUUCAACACGGAAAACACGGAGGUUUGCAAGAACAUGCUGAGUGGAACCCUGGCACAGCUGCCGCUGUAUGAUACCCAGGAGGCCAAGGUCAGCGUGGGGCUGGUGAUUGACGGACGCACCCUGGGCCUGCUCCUGGACAGUGACCUCCAGGAGGGGUUUGUGCAGCUGUGCACGCACUGCAGAGCCAUUCUGUGCUGCAGAACAACACCCCUGCAGAAGAGCAGGGUCGUCACACUCCUACGCAGCAAGCUGGGGGUCAUGACCCUUGCCAUAGGUGACGGUGCCAAUGAUGUGAACAUGAUCCAAGCAGCAGAUGUCGGAGUGGGCAUUUCUGGGCAGGAAGGGAUGCAGGCCGUUAUGGCCAGCGACUUUGCAAUAUCUCGAUUCAAACACCUAAAGAAGCUCCUCCUGGUUCAUGGUCACUGGUGUUACAAUCGACUGGCAAACAUGAUCAUCUAUUUCUUCUACAAGAAUGUGGCCUAUGUCAACCUCCUGUUCUGGUACCAGUUCUUCUGUGGUUUCUCCGGCACGGCCAUGAUCGACUACUGGUUCAUGAUCUUCUUCAACCUAUUUUUCACCUCCGCACCACCCAUAAUGUUUGGUAUUAUGGACCGGGAGGUGUCUGCAGCUGUGCUCCUUCAGCUCCCCGAGCUCUACAGGAGGGGUCAGCAUGAAGGGGGGUACCGACGUUCAACGUUUUGGAUUGCGAUUGCAGAUGCAUUUUAUCAGAGUCUGGUUUGCUUCUUUGUCCCUUACUGGACAUACAAAGGUUCUGACAUUGACAUCUUCACUUUGGGAACUCCCAUGAACACAGCAUCUCUGUUCACCAUAAUCUUUCAUCUGGCUAUCGAGAUCAAGAGCUGGACGGUGGUACACUGGGUGAUUAUGGUGGGCAGUGUUGUAGUUUACUUCGUCGUCACGCUGGCGUUCUGUGCCAUGUGCGUCAGCUGCAACCCCCCCUCUGACCCCUACUGGACCAUGCAGGAGCAAAUGUCAGACCCCAUGUUCUACCUUGUCUGUAUUUUGACCACUGUUGUGGCCCUAUUGCCAAGGUACACACUUCAUGCCCUCAGAGGAACACUCGUCCCUUCUGAUCACCUCCGGGCAAGGCAGAUAGACAACAUGCCCCCCCACCACCGGGACCUGUGGCUGCAAGAAUGGAAGAAACUCAAGGACUUGUGUGCCUCCUACCCCAGCCUGUCCUCUUCUACUGCCCAACGCUACAGCACAGCCCAGAGCCCCAGCUUGACCCUAGUACAGGACCCCAGUCCCGCACUGGCCCAGAGCCCCAGCCUGACCCCAGUACAGGACCCCAGUCCCUCACUGGUCCAGAGCCUCAACCCCAAACUGGCCCCAAAUCAGGGCCUCAACAGUGCUGCUCUGUAGAUGUGUGCCAGUGAUGGGGGGGUGGGGGGGGGUGGCUUUCUCUGAA